AUGGUUAACGAAAGGGAUAUAGAGAAACGAGACGACAGAGUUCAAGAUGAUAGAGUUCCACUUAUAUCUCAAGAUGAAACAAGGAAAGAAAACAAUUUUAUGGUUUAUCUCAGCACAUUUGUUGCAGUAUGUGGUUCGUUUUCAUUUGGAACAGGUGUUGGUUAUUCGUCUCCUACCGAGGCCUCCAUCAAGAAAGAUUUAAAUUUAACGAUAGCACAGUAUUCUUUGUUUGGCUCAAUAUUGACAUUUGGCGCAAUGAUUGGUGCCGUUGCAAGUGGACCCAUGUCUGAUUUCUUCGGCCGUAAAGGGGCAUUGAGAAUAUCAAGUGCUUUCUGCAUUGGAGGGUGGCUUGCAAUUUACCUUGCUCAGGGACCUGUGCCUUUGGACGCUGGACGGCUAGCAACAGGAUAUGGAAUGGGAGUCUUUUCAUAUGUGGUACCCGUGUUCAUAGCUGAAAUAGCACCCAGACAAUUACGAGGUUUGUUAACAGCUGCAAAUCAGUUAUUAAUUGCUACUGGAACAUCGGUUUCCUUUGUAAUAGGAACGCUGCUACAUUGGAGAACCAUGGCUUUGAUAGGAUUGAUUCCGUGUGCUGUUUUACUAGUUGGUCUCUUUUUUAUACCAGAGUCUCCUAGAUGGCUGGCGAAGAUAGGAAACCAAGUAGAGUUUGAUUUAGCACUACAGAAACUUCGUGGGAAGGAUGUAAAUGUUUCUGAGGCGGCGGAUGAAAUCAAGGAGUACAUAGAAACACUAGAAGAGCUCCCAAAAGCCAGACUAAUUGAUUUGUUUCAGAGAAGAUAUUUGAGAUCUGUAAUUAUAGGUGUUGGAUUGAUGAUCUUUCAACAAUUCGGAGGAAUAAAUGGAAUCUGUUUUUAUGCGACCAGUAUUUUUGCUUCAGCAGGAUUCUCCGCAGAUAUUGGUAACAUAAUAUAUGCCAUUCUUCAGGUUGUGGUUACCACCUUAAAUGCACUAUUUAUAGACAAAGCCGGUAGAAAGCCACUAUUACUGGUUUCUGCUACAGGGAUGGCUUUGGGCUGCCUCUUAGCGGCAGCAUCUUUCUACAUUAAGACGUAUCAAAUAGCUCUUGCAGCAGCACCUGCACUAGCCGUAACUGGCAUACUGUUGUAUAUAGUGGGAUAUUCGCUAGGGAUGGGAGCAGUUCCAUGGGUCAUAAUGUCUGAGAUAUUCUCCAUUGACGUCAAGCGCACAGCUGGUGGACUCGUGACACUAGUAAACUGGGCUGGUGCAUGGGCUGUUUCAUACACUUUCAAUUUUCUAUUUACAUGGAGUUGUUAUGGUACUUUCCUCCUUUAUGCAGCAGUAAAUGUAGCUUGUAUUCUGUUUGUGAUCAAGUUAGUACCGGAAACGAAAAGACAAACUUUGGAACAGAUACAAGCUGGCAUUACUCAUUAG